UACUUAAUUCAUAAAUCAUUCUAGAGUUUAGUGUAAAUGGUUUAACUAUUUAGAACAAAUGAGUUGAAUUCUAGCCAGACUCAUGACAUGAUUAGGGAUGACAAUUUUGCUCAUACCCAUGGGUUUUUUUACUAUCAAACCCAAUUGGGUUGGGUAUGAAAUCCAAAUAGAUGGAUAUGAGUAGAGUUUGAUGGGUUUGUACCCAUACCCAUUUACUUGGAUUGAGUUGGGUUUAUAAUAAAUGGAUUUGGGUUUGUACCCAUGCCCAAAUAUAAAUUACAGUUUGGUACCUAAACUUAAUAUAUAUGCAUAUUUAGUACCUAACUUUAUUUUUUUUGCAUAUAAGUCCUCAAAAUAUCGAUGGAAAAUUACAUUUUGGCACCUAAAUUUUUUUGAUCUUACAUUUUGAUACCUAAACUUUUCAAACUUUACAAAUAGGUCCAAUUUUUGCAUGUGUAGUUAAAACACCCUCAAGUAAAUGGAUAUCCAUAUCCAACCCAUACCCAUUUAGAUUAUGAAAGCAAUAUUCUUACCCAUACCCAACCUAUCUACAAACCCCCAAACCCAUAUACACUUCACCCAUACGUCUACCCAACCCAUUAUGAAUGGGUUUACUUGGAUUUAGGUAUAAUUAUCCAUGGGUGGAUAAUUGUCAUCCCUACUCAUGAUCUUAAUAUUUUAGUAAAUGAGCGGAGCUCGAGUUCAACUCUUUUAUCAAUGACUCGAGUUUGAACAAGAUAAAUUUCGACUCGACUCAUUAGCAACAAUAUAUUGAAGAUGGAAAAGAAGUACAUGCAUGUAAUUCCAAGAACUCAAAUUUAUAUUUCGAAAUUGUAAAUUUAUCUACACCAUCACCCACCAUUUCCUAUUUUCUAUUCAAAGACAUCAAAUGCCUGUUUUGUGGGAGUUGGCGACCCACUUCCGCAGGAAUGAUGGGUUUGAGGCCCGUGGGUGAACGAACUGGCCCAAUACUUUAGUGCGGGUCAGCCCAAUCCGUCUCCUGAUGGACCAGGUUAAAGAUCAUUAUUGUAAACCACGCUGACGCUAAUGAAAACAAAUCAGGACAGUAACACGAGGUACGUACGUACAAUUAAACCAGAAAUGGCGUCGCAUCCUAAUAAUACCGCCAGCCAAUAUAAAACCAACCGACCGAAGGCACGAAAAACGUGCCGAUCAGGCGGCAGAGUCAUGGCUCGCUGGAUACAUACACAGUUGGGGUUUUGGAAUCCAACCGAUCCCAAACCCAAAGUUUAUUCAAACGUACACAGCAAUAUGAAGAAGUACUCUGUGCACGAGUUUGUCACAUUGGUCGUCGUAGUCCUGCUAGCUAUCUCCACCACCGGUGGAGCAGUUGCCGUCGUCGACAGUAAUAGGGUUCAAGAAACGUCGUCGUCUUCGUCGGGGCCGGGGCCAUACUGCAACAACAACCACGCUUCGGAUGACUACGAGGCACACAAGGCGCACGUGCUCGACGAGCUGGCCAACGUGACCCCGACGACUCAAGGGUACAGCUACGCCACCACGUUUCCUGACCCGGCCGCCCGUGACGUCGUCCACGGCGAAGCCGUUUGCACUCGGGGCGUCGGGGUUUCGGAGUGUGUUGGCUGUCUGAUCGGGGCUAAGCUUUCGCUGGCGCAGACAUGUGCUUUCUACCUUUCCGGCGUGGUGAAGCUCCCUGUCUGCAGCAUGAGCUUCGUCCCCGUGGUGGCUGCCGGCUAGCUAGUGGGGAAGGAUCGAUGUCAGGCGGCGGCUUAUAUAUGCACCUGAAAAUUGUGUUAACUCUUAUAGUAAUGAAUAAUAGCGAGCACGUACGUACGUUGUUCGGCUUGUGUGGUUUGAUUUCCAUAACCAAGCUUUUGUAUAUGCCUUUCUUGUUUUCUUUUGUAUUUUUCGUUUCGAUGUUAUUUUCGGCUAUGACGGUUGUGAUAAUAAACCGGAGAAAACGCGAAGAACACAUGAGUUUUUUUUUUAAUGUGGUAAUGUCAGGGUGAGAGUGAUGACUAGUACAUGGAGGGGAUCUUUCCGUAAGAUUUUAGGCUUCUUAUUUCGUUAACUGGCUAUGUACCGUUCAUAAAGUUUAUAUAGGUUUGCUUAGAAAAAACCCUAACUAUGAUAUAUGGCUAUUUACAAACUGAUACCGAUAUACAAUUAACAUCCUCACUCAAAUUGAUGAUGAGUUCUAAGUAUCAAUUUGGAAGAUACAUACAUGUGUUUGCUUGAUCCUACGUACAGUCUUAGUCAAGACGUCCGCUGUUUGAUCCUCAGAUGCCAGAUAGCAAAGCCGAACUGUCCUCUCUGCCACUAGUUAUAACGGAUAUAGUGAACAUGCACUUCAAUAUGCUUCGUGCGAUCACGCAGAACUGGAUUUAUUGCUAUCCGUAUAGCGCUGGUGUUAUUAUCUCCAUAAAUAGUCAUCGACAUCCUACAAUUGAGUGAAAUAAAAUAAAAUUCCGACU